UCACAGUCGUAGGCUGCAGCCUGGAAAUAUUGAUCCAUGGCAGAUUCUGGGCAGAUGGAGCUGCGCAAGAAAGAUCCGGUGAAAAUGGAUGAAGUUCUCCAGGAACAUCGAUAUGAGAUGUUCGAAAAGCUCGAUGUGUGGUUGCAGCGGGUCGAAGUCAUGCUCCAAGAACAUAUCAAAAAAGGAACGGAAAAAACACUAGUGGCAGGACCAGAUCUAGGCUCUGCUGCGGAGGAGGUGGUCUUGAGCCGGAACCUGUCCAUCACCUGGGAUAGCAAGAAGAGAAGAAAUUCCAGGUCAAAAGAUACAGGCUUGAUCAGCUCUGACAACAGUGAUGCAGGUGAUGGAGCUACAAAUAGCGCUGACUUGGCCCGCAUAAUCAGCCAGCAGCGCUUGCGGCAGGCAACAGAAUCUGAGGAAGUGACAGGCAUGAUGUCAGAAACCGCACAGGACUUGACUGGGUGGCAAAGGAUGAGAGCAUAUGCUCGACUGCUUGUAAGCUCUCAUGUGUCAAAUGCAUUUUUUGCCUUGGUGGUGCUGACAAACUCAUUGUACCUUGGAGCGCAGCUUGAAUACCAUGCGGUGGCAAAAGACUCUUCUGCUGACACCCUUUUCCUGUACAUCCAUAUAGUUUAUGCAGUGCUUUUCACUGUGGAAGUUGGGCUACGGUUACUUGCCGAUGGAUUCUGGAAGUACUUCUGUGCCUCAGAAUGGGCCUGGAAUCUUUUGGAUGUUUUCAUCGUCUCUUCUUCUUGGAUUGAGCUCAUCAUCGAUGUAUUGACUCCUGGGACUCCUGGGACCCCAAGCCGGGGAACAAACACCAACCUCCGCUUGAUUCGGCUGUUGCGUGUGGGUCGGCUAUUUCGUGUGGUGCGCAUCAUCCGGGUGGUGCGCUUGUUCCGGUCCUUGAGGACUUUGGUGCAAUCCUUAGUAGGCACAUUGAAAACAUUGUUCUGGGCCUUGCUGCUGCUCUUUUUGAUCAUGUACAUCUUCGGUAUCCUCUUCACUGAUGCUGUUCUCGAUCACAUCAUUCUAGCAGACCUGGCUGGGCAGUCCACAGAAGUCAGCGACCAAGCUGAGCUAUACUUCGGAGCUCUUUCUUCGUCCAUCACCACCCUCUUCCGCACCAUUUCAGAUGGUCUUACAUGGCAUGUAGCAGCUGAUACGCUCAGACAGAUGGAGUUCGGCGAAUUCUGGGUUCAGGUCUUCCACUUCUAUGUUGCUUUUGUGAAUUUUGCCGUGCUAAAUGUCAUGACAGGAGUAUUUUGCAACUCUGCCAUUAAAGCUGCUGAAAGCGACCACGAGAUGGUGGUCCAAACUUUGGUGCAGACUCGCCAAGAAUUGAAAGAUCUGGUCACCAUUCUCUUUUCGCAGAUUGACAAACGUGGCAACGGGCAGAUCACAUUUGGUGAAUUUGAGGAGUUUUUCCGGGACGAAGCAGUGAAAGCGUUUUUCGAAUCACUUCAGAUAGGUGCAAUGGAUGCGUGGACUUUGUUUGUGAGCCUUGACAUGGAUGGGGACAGCUACGUGAGCAUUGAAGAGUUUACGGAACGUUGCAUGCAACUCCACGGCCCAGCCAGAUCAGCCGAUCUCUUUGCGCUCAGGCAUCAGGCUGUCUCUUGGAGCAGGUUCAGAAGAUUUUUUCAUUUUAUAUUUAAGGGCUGCCGCCCCUGCCGCCGACCCCGGAAGAAUUGGCAAUGA